AUGACUGAGGAAAAUGAGCAAUGCGAUUCCUUCAACUCCUGGGAGCUGAACGGAUUAAACUCUUUGGAUCUCUGGGAUUAUACCGUCGAGCUGGAAUGUCUGCAAGGAACCGAAGAUUUGCAGCUUGCGGCAGAACUCGGAAAGACACUCUUGGAACGGAAUAAGGAAUUAGAAACUGCAUUGCGUCAACACCAAAAUGUCAUCGAAGACCAAGCACAAGAAAUCGAAUACUUAACAAAGCAAACAGUAGCAUUGCGUGAAGUAAACGACUCAAGACUGAGAAUCUACGAACAGCUAGAGGUGAGCAUUCAAGAGCUCGAACGCGCGAAUCACAGGCUCGCAGUCGACCAUGCCGCCGACAAGAAACACAUUAAGACUUUAUGCAGUAACAUCGAAGGUUUGGAAAACAAGUGCGAGGAGUUUCAAAAGACUGUGGACGAUCUGAAUGCGCAAUUAGAGAUCGUUCGACGGCGAGCAGAGCGGAAACCAGAGAGCGAUAAACCCAAAGAAAAAGAACUAAAGCCUACGAAUUCUACGACGCCUAACAAUAAAAACAUCAACAUCACACCACAGAAGUCGGUGGCACCUCUCCCUGCAUUGACAAAAGAGGAUGAGGACUUGCUGAGGCUAAGCGAUGAACUGAGAGAGAACAAAGUACUCUUCGCUCAAGAACAAAGAAGGGUGAUAGAACUCGAAGAACAGCUAGCAUCGGUAAUACAAGAGAACAAUAGACUGCAGGAACAGCUUAGAAAUUGGCAUCAACGAGAUGAUGAGCCAAAAUCUAUGCACGAGGAGUUCUCAAUCCUUGAAGAAGUCAGACAAGGCCAACUCUGCGUGCGAUGUCUAAGGGGAAUGGAGCGUGACGAUAUGUCCUCGAUACUGGAUGGAGACGACGACGACAGAAGCGCUAUCAGUUCUAUCAUCCUCACUCCUGGCCAGCAAAGUCCUCGGGACGACCACGUCACAAGCAAGCUUGUCAAAUUUGACAAUGCAAAGGAAAAGCUACUGCAAGGUAUAUGGGCCAACAAGGAAGAUGGCCACGAUAACCCUUACAGGGAGCUGGUGCAAAAGUAUGAAGCUCUGCUCGAGGUUCAACUGUCGCAAGUAAAAAAUAUAAGAAAAAAUAAGCCGAAUUCGUUACCUGGCGCACAAACGCAAUCCGGACCUGUCUCGCUUCAGGACGAAUUGCAAACAUCUGGCGAUUACAGCCAAUUCAGCGUGAAAGAUACAGAUGAAGAGAGCGGACACGGCGAGGACGCUCAUAAAGAAAAUUGUCAACAGAAGAAAGCCGAAUCUACAUCGCGUAAGAAGAUUAUCCAAACGCCAGACUUCUCUGAAGCCGAAACAUCAAGCUCGGGCUUUUCAGACGAAACGAGCAACAAAGCCACUCAAACAGAACGCGAGAGACCUGGGUCCUUUUUGUGCACAAUCGCCGAUGGUGAAGACUACCGUUUCAGCAUUUAUGAUGACGUCAGUCCUAUGGACAGUCGUUUCCGUAAUAGGCCGGAAUAUCGCGUAUUAUUCAAAGAAAUAUUCACAAUAUUGAAAAAGGCCGCCGAAAAUAAGGACGAUGGAGAACAACUACCGCUGUUAGAUGAUACGACCACUGGAAAAGUGCCACCAGUGACUCCCGCCACGGAGGAACCUCCUGGCAAUUUCACUGAUGAUACACAGAGCGUUUUGUCGUCUGUAAUGUCUGAACAAUCGAUUCCAGUAUCUGACAUCACUGCCCCGGAGACACCUACGUUAAAAGAAAAGGAUCAACCACUUCCGGAACCUAUCAAAAAGCAAGAAAAGCAAGAAAAGCAAGAAAAGCAAGAGAUCAAAGAUAAUAAAGUGGUGAACAACAAAGAGGGCCAACCAGUAGUAGAGAGCACCGAUGAGAAACCAAAAGAGGAAGAAAAUAACAAACAAAAGGAAGAAGAGAAAGAGAAAGUCUUAACACCACUGGUGCGUCAACCACUGGAAUACAUCGCAGCUACUAGAAAGAAGUCCAGACAUCGCAACCGCAAGCACAGCCAAGAACGACAGGGGGCUGAUUCUCCUGUGUUCCCUUCACCGCCCAAGAUCGUCUAUCAGAAAUCAUCGAACAAGAAGAGAAGAGACUACAGACCUAUCGAAAUAAGCCCUCUCGUAAAAACAUCUGAAGCCGAAUGGAAUGGAUCGACUCUUCAGUUUUACAACAGAAAUUUGAACUCGCCAACCCCCAGCGCAAGCGGCCGGACGUGUAAGGUCUAUCAAGGAUGGAAUUCCGAGACCGAUUCCUGGGAAGUUAAACAAAGCACUGCAUCCCAGGAGAUACAUAAAUUGAGGAAACUCGAACUCUCUUACGCUGAAGUAUUAAGAAACGCCGACAAAACUAAGAAUAGGCGCAAGAAACAUCAG